AUGGCGGAUAAAACGCGGGGAAUCAAACAAGUUAGGAAUAAGAAGCUUCUUCCCGAUUUACGGAAAGAGGGCGAACUUACAAAACCAAUAGUAUUAUCGACUAAAGAAAAACACGGCGUCGCUACAGGGUCCCGACUGUAUUCCCACCACACGUUGGCCAGUGUUCGGAAAUUAAGCUUUUUCCAUCCUUUUUUUUUGCCAGAAGAUAGCCUGGAUAUAGUAUUGGCAGCGGUGUAUAACCAUUCAACAGAACGCUUUGCUGAUAAGGAGGAUUUAUAUUUACAACCAGAAACAAUCGGCUGCGACACUUGGCGCCGUUUAAGAAACACAUUUGAUAAACUACCUCCAAUUGUGAUACCAUUGGGUCAUCCGAUGAAGCGUGGUGGUAUAACACAGAAACAUUCACCCUUUAGUGUAAAAUUGAUGAAUUCUGGAGUUCACUCAUCGCAGACGAACCCGGGUUACAGCAGGCAAGCAGCUGGAGGAGCUAUAUUCUUCUAUUAA